AUGCCUGGUCCUAAGGAGCCAAAGACCGAAGAGAUCAACCACUAUUUAAAGCCAAUAGUCGAUGAAUUGCUGCAGUUGCUUAUGGGGAUAACCAUCCUGACCUUUGAGUGCCCAGCUGGUGUUAAGGUACGUGCCGCAUUACAUAUGGUUGCCUGUGACAUCUCCGCUGCCAGGAAGACCAGUGGAUUCACUACCCACAACAGUACUUGUGCAUGCCCCAGAUGUGUGAGGCAGUUUACCAGGUUACCAAGCACCAAUCAGGUCGACUUCACGGUCUGGAAAACAGGUUGCAUGCUGAGGAGUGGAAGAGUGCCAGUACGCCCUCAGAAAGGCAUCAGUUGGAAAAUCGAAAAUGGUGUUCGAUGGUCGCAGCUGCAUCGCCUUGAAUACUUUGAUCUAGUACGUGGAACGAUCAUCGAUCCCAUGCAUAAUUUAUUCCUGGGGACACCAAAGAGAAUGAUGGAGCGGUGGAUAAAAGAAAGACUGAUAGACAAUAGAAAGCUAGCUACGAUGCAAGCAAUGGCAGAGACAAUGGUGGUGCCAAUGGAUUACGUGGUGUUGAAAUCGAAGAUCAGAAAGGGCUUUCCAUACAUGAAAGCUGAUGAAUGGAAGUCCUGGGUGCUAGUGUAUUCGCCUAUCUUGCUGAAGGCCGUCCUGCCAAUUGAAAUGUUCAGAAAUUGGAUCAGUUUUGUUGAUGCCUGCUGCCAAUUAGUAAAGCCAAGCAUCACGUUCUCUGACAUUGACGACGGCCAUAAAUUUCUUCAAGAAUUCUGUACUGAGUGCCAGCGUAUUUACACUCCAACUAUUCUCACCUGUAACAUGCAUUUACAUCUCCAUCUUUGCAAGACCAUCCGUGAUUUUGAACCAGUAUAUGGAUAUUGGCUCUUCGGGUUUGAGCGAUAUAAUUGUCUGCUAAAGAACGUGAAUACGAACAGAAAAGAUUCCUUUGAGGUUACAUACAUGAAUAGUUUCGUCCAAGAUACAUUCAAAGGUGAUUUCGUUCAUGCUGCUCUCACAUGCCCAAGCCAAGUACCGUUUCUUCCUCUUCUCGCCAAGCUUACUGCCACAGCUCAACCCUCCACUUCAAAAAAUACAAUAACUUUUCCCCAGCACCCGUUCAGACUAUCAGUCUUCAUCCAAGCAUACUCAAACCCUUCUCUUCCAGUCCUUGGCAAUGAACCUCUUUCUCCAUCCACAUUUCCUCUCCAUAUCGAACCCCCAUCAGCAAUGAGUGAUGUCGACUAUCCUCAUUUGCUUGAUUACUAUAAAGUCGCAUACUGCAUGCCAAAUCUUGAAGGUUACCAGCAUCCCUCCUCUCCAUUCUCCUUUGUCGACAACCAAAUCAUAAAGUUGAAAUCAAUCAAUUUGCUUGGUCAGGUUUACAAAGGCUGCAAAUAUGCUUCUGGUCGUGGCUCAUUUGUUCAAUCUCUGUUCCUUGGAAGUCAAGGCAAUAAUCGGUUGGCAUACACUGGCCAAAUUCAGUAUCUGUUUUUGCACUCUUUCACUCCACCAGUAGACAACACAGAGCUCCAAACACGUGUCGUUUAUCAAGAUAAACACGUGUUUGCAUUUGUUAAGUGGUUCCAGAUUGAGCAUGACCAUUCAAGAGAGUUGGAAAGUGUUGACAUCUGCAGUGCAGAUUUUAUUGCGUGUGAUUUUGAAUGA